AAGGCCUAGGAGUAUCUUUUCAUUUUUAUUCAUUGCCCUUCUUUUUAAGGAUGGACUAGAUGCAAAAUGGUGAAUUUCCUUAGUCAUUGGCUAUUUUCCACUAAAAGACUUCUCUCGGGUCUUAACUAAUUUCGUCCCUAAAUUAAAGGGUUAGUAAUUACCAAGGUAUGGAAUUGCGGUCAUCAUUAGGUUAAUUUUUCAAUGAGGAGAUCUGGAGGGAGGAAGUGACUUUGCUAUUGAAUUGCAAAUCAGUAAGAAAGAAGGUGAAGGGACCAUGAUACCUGGUGGAGAUCAGGAACCAGGAAGAUACUAUGUGGGUGUGGACGUUGGAACAGGCAGUGUCCGUGCGGCUCUGGUGGACCAGAGGGGCGUCCUGUUGGCUUUUGCAGCCCAGCCAGUUAACCAGUGGGAGCCUCACUUCAACCACCAUGAGCAGUCCUCCGAGGACAUCUGGGCCGCGUGCUGUGUUGUGACAAAGAAAGUUGUACAAGGGAUCGACUUAAACCAAAUUCGAGGGCUUGGGUUUGAUGCCACGUGUUCUCUGGUUGUUUUGGAUAAGCAGUUUCAUCCUCUGCCAGUAAACCAUGAAGGGGAUUCCCAUCGAAACGUCAUCAUGUGGCUGGACCACCGGGCAGUCAGUCAGGUCCACAGGAUCAACGAAACCCAGCACAGCGUCCUGCAGUACGUCGGGGGUGUGAUGUCUGUGGAAAUGCAGGCCCCAAAGCUUCUGUGGCUGAAAGAGAACUUGAGAGAGACUUGCUGGGAUAAGGCGGGACAUUUCUUUGAUCUCCCAGACUUCUUAUCGUGGAAGGCAACAGGUGUCACAGCACGGUCUCUCUGCUCCCUAGUGUGCAAAUGGACAUACUCGGCGGAGAAAGGCUGGGAUGACAGUUUCUGGAAGAUGAUUGGUUUGGAAGACUUUGUUGCAGAUAAUUACAGCAAAAUAGGAAACGAAGUGCUGCCUCCUGGAGCUUCUCUUGGAAAUGGGCUCACACCAGAGGCAGCAAAAGACCUUGGCCUUCCUGCUGGACUUGCAGUGGCAGCCUCCCUCAUUGAUGCCCACGCAGGAGGACUAGGAGUGAUUGGAGCAGAUGUGAGGGGGCACGGCCUCGCCUGUGAGGGACAGCCAGUGACGUCACGGCUGGCCAUUAUCUGUGGAACAUCUUCUUGUCACAUGGGGAUCAGCAAAGACCCGAUAUUUGUACCAGGAGUCUGGGGCCCUUAUUUCUCAGCCAUGGUCCCUGGGUUCUGGCUGAAUGAAGGUGGUCAGAGUGUUACUGGAAAAUUGAUAGACCACAUGGUGCAGGGCCAUGCUGCCUUCCCUGAACUACAAGCCAAGGCCACUGCCAGAUGCCAGAGUGUAUAUGCGUAUUUGAACAGUCACCUGGAUCUGAUUAAGAAGGCUCAGCCCGUGGGUUUCCUCACUGUUGAUUUACAUGUUUGGCCAGAUUUCCAUGGCAACCGGUCUCCCUUAGCAGAUCUGACACUAAAGGGCAUGGUCACCGGAUUGAAACUGUCUCAGGACCUCGACGAUCUUGCCAUUCUCUACCUGGCCACAGUUCAAGCCAUUGCUUUUGGAACCCGCCUCAUUAUAGAGGCCAUGGAGGCAGCAGGGCACUCUGUCAGCACUCUUUUCCUAUGUGGAGGCUUGAGCAAGAAUCCCCUUUUUGUCCAGAUGCAUGCAGACAUUACUGGCAUGCCAGUGAUCCUGUCUCAAGAGGUGGAGUCCGUUCUUGUGGGCGCUGCUAUUCUGGGUGCCUGUGCCUCGGGGGAUUUCGCUUCUGUACAGGAGGCAAUGGCAAGAAUGAGCAAAGUUGGGAAGGUUGUGUUUCCCAGACUUGAGGAUAAAAGAUUUUAUGACAAGAAAUAUCAAGUAUUCAUGAAGCUGGUUGAACACCAGAAGGAGUAUGCAGCGAUCAUGAAAGGGGACUAGACAGAGCCGAUGCCAGAAGGUUCUGUGUUGUUGCAUCAGGGACCUCUGUCAUCUCAUCUUAUGUUCAAGACCUUUUAGGUAUCAUUUCAUCAUUUCUGUAUUGCCUUUUAAUAAAGAAAACUGAGACAUGUGCCACCAGAA